UUUCCAGAAGAGAAGUUGCUGGUAUUAACAUUUUCAUAGGACAAUCAAUUUGUGAACUAUUUAAUGCCAUUUUGAAAAGAUGGCUGAGAGAAAAGAGACCAACAGAUAAACUUGGUACUGGAUAUGGUAUGCCAUCGUCUCAUGCACAAUUUAUUGCCUUUUUUGCAAUUUUUGCAGUUUUAUAUUUAUAUAACAGGAAUAACAAAUGGAAAUUUCCAAUUGCAUGUUUUUUAAUAAUUUUUUCAAUAUUAGUUUCUUAUUCAAGAAUUUAUUUAAAUUAUCAUACAACAAAACAAGUAUUAUUUGGUAAUUUAUUUGGAUCAAUAUUUGCAUUGGUAUGGUACAUAAUUAUAGAAUUAUUAAUUAGACCUUUAGGAUUCUAUAAAUAUUUAAUUAAUACAGAUUUGGCAAGAUCUUUUUAUUUAAGAGAUUCAGCUUUGGUUCCUGAUGUUUUGAGAUUUGAAUAUAUUUUUUGGGUGAAAUUCAAAGAUUAUAAAGAAAUAUAG